CAGCCCUCGACGCAAGUUCCACGUGAAGAGGGUUCGUUCAUCUUGACCAACGCAGUUCCCGGAAGACAAGGCCAGGAUGAGCCGAUUGAUCAAGGAGAGGAUAGAAGAGUAAUCGGACGACCUCUGGAACGGACAGAAGCAGGAGGUGCAAGUUCCAUGGGAGAAGAGAACGUUCGCUCUUACUCGAGUCCAG